GCGGGCACAGAUCUUGCUGUGAACCCAAUUUGGACCUUGAGCUGACACCAUGCUGACUCAAGCCUUCAGCUCAACUGCACAAUGUCACCAAAUUGGGACUGCACUGGCUGUAAGCGCGCUGGCUGAAAUGAAACACAGAAAAGUGUAACUUCCACACAAUGGCUAAAAUGGAUGUCAUCCUUCUGGCGCAGAGUUCAUGUCGAGUGCGUUAUUUCACUCUCCCGUUACGGAUGACAUCACUGAGACUAUAUUUAACACAUAUGAGGCUGUUAAUUUUCAGUUGGGCGUGAUUUUUGCACCUUCCUUCAGCACCUUGUGAUUUUCUUCCAAAGCAACACAUUCACACUCUUCACUACCUCAUCCCUCAUCUGCUCAACCCCCCACCGCCCUCCACCUCCCCACCCUUUCUUUUUUACCCCUUCUCUAUAAUUGGUUUCUAUUUUCAGGCAGCUAUAAGAGUCUGUGUCUCGUGUUUGUGUCUCUCACCCCAUUUCCUGACUGUCCUCCAUCGUCACCCUCUCCUGUUAUCACUCUCCAUCAUACUGUCUCUGUAUACAGCCACUCCUACUAGUCUCUAAAUCCCGUUUCACUUCAGAUCAACCUCUUAUUACCCCUUUUAUCGUUUAUGUAUGACCAUUAAACAUGAUUAAGGGUGCACGGACGAGCAACAUUGGAAAAUAAUGACAGUUGAAUUCAUGCAAAACAGAGUAAACUGGGGGAAAUAGCGCUCAUGACCUAAUUCAGGUGGUCCGGGUUGUGCAGUCAGCUGACAUUGGAGAAUAUAUUUAGUGGACAGCAAAAAGUUUAUAGAAAGAAUGCAUAGAAGACUAGGGUUUAAUACUUUCGUGUAAAAAAAACAAAGUAUGUCAUACAGCUUUUAUGAUCAUGUUACUGCUAAAAGUGCUAAAGUAGAGACUGUUAAAAGGGGAGUGGAAAUGGAAACUUGAAAGAGGGAGGGAGACAUGGUGUAGCAGGCCUUGGUUGGCUGCUGAACGUCUCUUGAGAGGCAUCAUGUGUUUAAAAGACCCAAAAACACUUGGAAAGAAAGGAUGAGAGGCUGUGAGCUAAUUUUCACUAGUGUGCGAGGAAAAAUGGGGAUAUCUCGUCAGACUAAAAAAAACUCACCAGGAAGGCCUGGAAGCUGCAAAGCAACAAGCCAAACGUCACAGAGAUGCCUCGCGCCCGUUCGGACUCCACGCAUCCGACCGCCGCAACCUCGAAAUGCUCUUUCGCGCCAGCAGCAGGCUCACGCGGCGCAGACACGGAAGGCGCACUCGCACGUGACACAGGCGCGCAGGGCCAGCACACAGCUGGCACACGGGUGGCUGACACCGGCGUGCAACUGGCAGACAGCGCAGGGUGCUCACUCGGGCUGCACCUUCUACUGCUAUUUCUGCUACUGCUGUUACUACUGUUGCCUCACAUUGCUCUCCUUCUCUCUCCUCCUCCUCCUGUCUCCAACCCCACAUGCUCCACCCUCUGACUCCUUCUCCAACCAUCCAUCCGCUUCCUCUUCCUCCCUGCCGACAUCAACUUCCUGUGUGGACGAACAUUCAAUCCGUCCUGCCGUCAACCUGACUGUUUCUGCCGGGUCUCCUCGCUACAUCUCAUCUCCUAAACGUCUCACCUCCUCUUGCCCUAACACCUCUCCCGAUUCCUCUUCUGAAUCGCCCUCUUUCCAUCGCCAUGUCCUUUGCCGGCCGUGGCCAUCGUCUCGUUCUCUUUCUUCCCUGCUCCUCUGCCCUCCCAGCUUUGGGGAUCCAGCCUUAUCCUACGCGUCCACUCUGGAACACAUCCCCUCUGGGCCGACCCGCCCUCGGACGCUGCUACGCCAGCAGAGUCUCCAACAGCCCCUCAUGAACCCGCCGGGGUCUGGAUUUGGCCAUCCGCCCACCACAUCCCAGAGUUUGGGACAAUUACACACAGGUCCUGGACAGCCCAGGGGAGGCGGGGCUGCUGGGAGAGGAGAGGCAGGUGGUGGAGGUGGUGAGGGUGGGGGCGCAGGUAAAAGAGCUGUUCCACGAGCCACGCCGGGCAACGCUGCAGGUGCCUCUCGCUAUAGAGGAGGUGGUCCAGGAGGGCGCUCGCGGGCCAACCCUGGCAGUUGGGAUUACAUGAUGGACCAGAUCCGGAAUCGCGGCCUGGAUGUCAAAUCCUUCCUUGAAGGGAAGCUGGUGGUCCUGUCUUUGGCCAUCGGUGUGGCCGAGCAAGAUGACUUUGCCAAUAUCCCUGACCUGCAAGAAACACAGCAGACAGUCCCAGCAGCCAGUCAGGAGCCCCCCCUCGAGAAGAGGGGCAACAAGCCAGCCAACAGUCCCAAAGGCCAACCCCCCGAUGCCGACGGCCACUCCUCCGUAACUGACCUGGCUAACUCCCUCACCGGAGACAUGGUGAUGCUGUCUCCAGGUUCAGAGGAUGACGACGGCGAGGGGCCAAUCAGUGAGAAGCUGGGUCGGAUCCAGUUCAGUAUAGGCUACAGCUUCCAGAACACAACCCUUACUGUCAAAGUUCUCAGGGGCCAGGAGCUGCCGGCCAAGGAUUUCUCUGGUACUUCGGAUCCCUUCGUCAAAAUCUACCUGCUGCCUGAUAAGAAGCACAAGCUGGAGACCAAGGUCAAGAGGAAGAACCUCAACCCCCACUGGAAUGAAACCUUCCUCUUUGAGGGUUUUCCCUACGAGAAAGUGAGAGAGCGCACACUUUACCUUCAGGUGUUGGACUACGACCGCUUCAGCAGGAAUGACCCCAUUGGAGAGGUCUCAAUCCCCCUGAACAAGGUGGAGCUGGGCCAGAUAAAGACUUUCUGGAAGGAGCUCAAGCCCUGCAGUGAUGGCAGUGGGAGACGAGGGGACUUGCUGGUGUCUCUCUGCUAUAAUCCCACUGCCAACACCAUCACUGUGAACAUAAUCAAAGCCCGUAAUCUCAAAGCCAUGGAUAUCGGGGGCACCUCAGAUCCGUACGUGAAGGUGUGGCUGAUGCACAAAGACAGGCGUGUGGAGAAGAAAAAGACAGUGACGAUGAAGCGCUGUCUCAAUCCCGUCUUCAACGAGUCCUUCCCCUUCGACGUUCCCGCUCACGUGCUGAGGGAGACCACCAUCAUCAUCACUGUCAUGGACAAGGACAGACUCAGCCGCAAUGAUGUUAUCGGCAAGAUCUACCUGUCGUGGAAGAGCGGUCCAGCGGAGGUGAAGCACUGGAAAGACAUGCUCGCCCGGCCACGUACCAACGUGGCCCAGUGGCAUGCUCUCAAGGCCUAACGGCACAGCCCACCUUCCUCCAUGGCCCCUCCUUUCCCCGCAACCCCCCCUCCCAGUCACGUCCUUAUGCAUAAGACUGACUUGCUGCCAGGCUGCGAAACACGGGUACAAUUAGCCAUCUGCUCUCUUAAACCUUUAAACUCUCUCGUGCUUCGUGUUCCUCCUCUCAUACGCUCCUGUCUCCAUUUCUGUUUCUGGCCACUUGGCAGUCUCCCGUUUUCAACUGCCCCCUCACAUUCUUCUGCACUUUGUUUGCACCAAUGUUUUCUUUCGUUAUGCGGACCACUCGGUCCCGAACUGCACUGCAGCCGCUGACCCACAGAAGGUGCCAGUCCCGUGGGAUCACAGAGAAUAUUUAGCGAUACGUAAUACAGUGUAUGAUAAUUCCAGUAACAAUACUAUCCAAUAUGUACUCUAUGUACAUGAACAUGAAUAGAUUAGGUUUAUAGAUUGGCCCCUCCCCCCAUUCAAAUGGGGUAUAUUAUCCAUAGCUUAAGUUGUUGUUUUCCUUCUUUUGUCUGUAUUUUGUACUGUAUCUUCCAUGAUGUUGCUCCCUCCUUUUACUAACUUUAAGUGUGGUCUCAUGUCUGGUUUAAGUCGUCGAAAGCAAUCAAUACUCGGUUUGUGAUGAAACCAGCUGAGCUCAAGAUGGUAUUGUUGAUACUCGUGUCUCUCUCCUCUUUUCUCUUCCAUUCCCUCAUUUCCUCUUUAUUGUUCCCUCUUUCUUAUCCUCUGGCACAAUAUCGGCGGCCCCCUCCUCCUUUCCACCCCCCCCCCCAAACAACAACCACCCUACCCUCGUCGUCUGUGUGCUGUGGUUGCUGUGCUGUAGCUCUAAACAAAAUUAGAGGUUAAAAGAUAUACUGUAUAUGUACUGAACUUUCCGACGCUGGGAAAGCGGGGACACGAUAGACUCAUGAGCCGGAUCACUCUUGAUUUUUCCAGACAAUGACACAGAGAGAGAAAAAAGAAGACACGGGGUGGGGGGACUCUGAGAUGCUACGAUGAUGUCAUUUUUCACAGCGAAAGAGGGAACCAACUUCAAAUCUUCUUGCACCGAAGGCAACGCAACAUUUGUGCUGAUUUGUGUGCAUGCCUUCAAACGUGCGCGCACACUUCGAUUUAUGUAUCGAGAAUAGGAAUUCUUCGUGCUGCCCUGUGCUCUCGUUUUGCCCUUUUGUGCUGAAGAGCUCAGAGAACCGCUCCAUCUUCCCAAAGUGUUUGCCUCUGUGGCGCGUCUGUAUUAACGUAUGCCUGCUGCUGUAAGCGUGUUUAAGUGUGUGUGCGUGUGUUUGAGCAACACAACUGUCGUCGCAGCAGAAGUCUUCUCUUUUCUCUUUCUCUCUUCUUACUGCCAUUGCUUCCCCAUCCUCCUUUACUGCCCUGCCUUCUGAACGAGGGUGCGGGGAAGUUCUAUCUGCACUUUUUCAAAAUGUAAUAAUAUUAAUCACAAUAAUAAUAACCUUGAGGUUGAGGAUGGUUUUGAUGACGAUAGUACUGGUGAAAAUGAAGGGAGGAGCGUGUUGAAGGGGAGAUUGGGGGAGAGGCCGCCUCUGCGCUGUGACUUGAGGUUGUUGAGAUGAAGAAGAGGACAAAGAGGAUGGAUGAAGGGCUCUCAUCCUCCUGUUUUGUGUCUCUGUUUUUUGUGUGUGAGAUUAUUCACCGGGGUGGAUGUUUCCGGUUGGCAGGCUGCUGUGGUGAGAAAAUGCGAGCUUGCCGAACCAGUAAUGUUAUGACACACAGUGUAAAGCAUGAUCAGAGAUCCAUCUCAGAGACUGACAGUUCCUGUAUGUUAGUGAUGCUGUAAUAAGUCGGGCUGGAGUGGGUUCUGGCUUUGCUGGUGAGGGGGAAAAUUUUUUUUUUUCCCUCCCCACGGCACUAUUUCACACUCCGUGGGUGUGAUUUUUGAAGAUGGACUGAUCUGUGACUGCGCGAUACUGGAGAAGCAGAUAAUCUUUUCCCCGGGUGCUGGAGACCAGCACAGCGUUUCAGUGGCUGCCUGUUUUGUCAGCCGCACUCAACUCAUAUUCCCUUCCAGUAAAUAAAACAGACAUCCUUGGACGGCAUGGAUACUUGCGGUCAUUUCAAGAUACUUGCUUGGAAGUGUUUUUACAGUAGUGUCUUUUGAAGCGUAAUCUGGUGCACUACUUGAGAUUUCUUUUUGGGUUUUUUUCAUGUUGAAUUGGUACAUUUUCACAUGUACCGUAAUUCCCGGCCUACAAAGCACACCUGGUUAUAAGCCUCGCCCAGUACAUUUGUAAAGGAAAUACCAUUUGGUACAUACAUAGGCCGCAGCAGUGUAAAAGCCGCAAGUGCCUACUAUGAAACUAACAUUGAAACACGAGAUAUUUACAAAGAAAGAUGAUACACAGAGUUUAACGCUAGCACCGCUGUGCUAAUGCUAAUGCUAGCGCUGCCGCACAAACGCCGCCGCGCUACCGCUAACACUAACGGCAGCGCUGCCACGCUAACAGGGCCGGUUAAAAAAAACAUACUGGUAAAAAUAACUGAGACACGGCAGUAACCCACUUGCGCAGCGCUAACAGGGCUGCACCGGUAAAAGUCACUUCCUCGGCACAUAUAUUCGGUCUCACUCUUACCUUUUCUGCUCGAGUGCCCCUAGCGGCUGUUAGAAAAACUGCACAAAUUAAGUGCAUCACCACAUAAACCACAGGGUUGAAAUUGUGUGAAAAAAUACGUUGUGGCUUGUAGGCCGGAAAUUACAGUAUUUGUCGUUUAAAGACAGUUAAAGACCCUGUUAAGUGAAUUACAGAUUUGGUUGUUUUCUUCUAAAUUGUUACACUUGUUUGAAGAUAAUUGCAGACAAUGUGCGAAGACUGAGAACUAUUCAAUUGUGGAGGUAAAACCUUGCCUUUUUCUCCUGACUUUUGGGGGUGUGGCACUCCAUGACACUCCUGGGCAUCCAGCAUAAGUCGCGGCUCCUCUAUAUAUAAGAAUUUGAGCUUCCAAGUGGGCAGCAUGGUGGUGGUUCAAUCCCGGACCUGCCUGUGUGGAGUUUGCAUGUUCUCCCCGUGCCUAUGUGCGUUUCUUCCGGGCACUCCGGUUUCCACCCACAUCCCAAAAACAUGCAACAUUAAUUGAUUGGACACUCUAAUUGCCUAUAGGUGUGAUUGUGAGUGCGGCUAUUUGUCUCGAUGUUCCCUGCAAUUUGCUGGCACCCAGUUCAGUGUGUACCCCACCUCAUACCUGUUGACAGCUGGGAUAGGCUCCAGCACUCCCUGCGACCCUUGUGAGGAUAAACGGCUAAGAAAAUGGAUGGAUGAAUGGAGUUUCCAAGACAUAGUUGGACGGCCAGUUGGCAGUCACAUUAUGUCCCAACCAAUGACUUUAUGGUGGCUUGGCUCUCAUUUUAUGUUUUUACUCCGCAAUAACCAGUAACCGACAUUAACGGUGGUCCAGAGUUGGCACGCUCCCAUGUGAGGCACCACCAUACACUACUUGCUGGUACAAAUUUCUAAGUGGCUCCUGAAAAUGGCCCAAAAGUGUAUUUUCUGUUUAGGACGUAAAGACUUUUAUCACCGGCCAACACAAGAUGUUGUAAAGACGCAAGGUAAAACUGUGACCGGUUUGCACUUGAGUGUGUAGCAGUAGUGCUGGAAUGUCAGCGCUCUAGCAACAAAACGUACAAUUGACAAACGAAUUCUGUUUUCCAAGCCACUUAUCCUCACAAGGGCUGGAGGAGUGCUGGAGCCUAUACCAGGUAACGUCGGGCGAAAGGCAAACUACACCAUGAACUGGUCGCCAAUUAGUCGCAAGCCGCAUCACUGAGCGGGAAUCGAUCCCAAAAUGGCCGCACCGAAGUCAGGCGCGUGUACCACUACGCCCUCAGUGACUCCGUCAUAAUGUAAUUGUCAUCAGAUAAAGCUCCAUUUUAGCCUUACCUGCACAAGAUUAGAGCCGGGGUGUGCCUCUAAGCCACUUUGGCCCAUUCGUGUGUACUUUCUGAAGACAUAACGGAACACACAGCUUGAUGAAGCUACGUGCUAGGAAAAAGAUAACAUGUGCCCUCAUUAGGUACCUUAAAAGUGCUGCAAUGGAUUACAACUGUGAAAAUAAUCACAACACAGUCAGUUUCCUAACGUGAACGUGCAGGAGAUGAACUACCGCAGCUAUUUGUGCAGUUGUAAAGUGUCUUUUAGUGUCAUGAAAAACACUGUACUCUGUGUCAUACUUUAUUUUUAGGAUUUCAUUCUCCCGUGAUUGCGUGGCGUUCGAGGAGGGGAGAAAUCACUGCACUUGACUCAGUAAACUGACAGAGAGGUGGCGUUAUUCUUAGCAGCAGCAGGCCUGUGUUUUUGCUGCCGGUGCUGGUAAAAAUGGAGGCAGUCCGGUUGCUGGGUGGCACGUUUGAAAAUGUCAGCGCACCACCAAAUGCUUUUGUUUUCCUCAAUGCAAAUUUUUAUAUCACUUUAUAACCUUUGUUUGAACUAAAAUAUCCCUUGGGCAAAGACGGUUUGUGAUAACGACCUGAUAUCGUGUUUUCCCUGAUUACAUCUCUUGUAAAACACAUGAAUAGUCAUCCGCAAGGUUGCGAAGUGGAUAAACAUUUAAAUGUGCUUUCUAUGAUUAUUCAAAAAGUUGCAUAACAAACAUCCUCUCCUUGCCGGCAGCCCUAACACCAGCAUCUUCGGAAUGAAGGCUACAUUAAACAAGACAGAAGCACUUUUUUUUUUUUUUUUAAAUCAGAGUUUUAUGUAACCACCACUUCUCAUGCCUCUAAACUGGGAGAUGGAAAAAAAAAAAAACACAGAGAUUGUUAACAAACUGGGAAAAACGUGAUCGGUCGGCAGCUGUGAGGCUGACGGUCCGAAGGUCGCUGCUAUGCUAGCAGCUCCGCGGCAGAAUCGCCCAAAUACCACAAAAUGCAUGACGUUCCAGGAAAUGUUUGGGUUGUUGAGUUGAUGGUUUACCACGUUGUAGUGGUAAAACUGGGUCAGGUUAUUAUGCUUAAGAAAGUAUUAAUUACACCGAAUGGCCUCUGCGUGCAAUAAGGGCACUUGGUAAUUAUAUUGUGGGGAUGGGAAGAUGAGGAAAGGGGCGAGUCAUGGUGUUGCCUGGUUGCAUCGGUGUGCCCCCCCCCCCCUCCAUUUUAUCCCCGCCCAAAAAUAUCCACACAACUGACAUGGUGAAAAAUCCCAUUUCUGAAAAAAUUGAAAACUAAGUCGUUCUCAGUGUUUGCUGACAUUUUCAGAACUUACCUUCAAAUAUAUUUAUUGCAUUCACAAUUUAAAAAAAAACGAAAAAAAACUUGACUUGAAUGGGUCUUUAGGACAGUCGUUUUGUCUGUCAAUCUGUCUUUAACAUUAAAUAUCAAAAGUUCAACACAAUACAGAAAUAUAGCAUGUAACUUUUACUUGCUCACCUCGAAUCAAUGAAACGACUAAGUUGUGCCCGUGGGGAUGAUAAUAUUGUUUGUCCUUGACAAACAACAGCCUUAUUGUGUUGUUGUAAUCACGCAAGUUUUCCCCUGAUGAAUUUUGCGCUGGUGACUCACUUCUUUGGUAAGGUGCCUGCUCUGCUGUAGUCGUGCAAUAUCGAAGCUAAAAAUCAGGCUACUGCGGCUUCGCUGGGGGGGGGGGGGGUGUACAUCACAGCAGAUACUGUACUGUAUUCUCCCAAAUCGGUGUAAUGCCUGGUUGUCAUGGUUUGGGGUCUCUUGUCAUUUUUGUGAGUCGGACCUUGUCGCAGGCAGAUGCAGUCUCCACCCCAAACUCACCUUUUGACCUUUUUUGAAGCAUUUGUCAAAACCAGUCUGACUUCUCCCAAUCAGGGUUCAAGUAAGUGUUGUUUGAAUUGUAACAGUAAUGAGAAAUUCUACAUUUUUUUUUCUUUUUCUUCACAUUUGAUUGUCGGUUCGUAUGUGUGUGCUUUGGUGUUCUUGUGUUGGGUUUAUUUCUUUCCAACCGUGCUAAGAAGAUCCUUCUGUUUUUGAGAACUUUAUGUAAAUAUCCUUGGUGGAAAUGAACAUUUUGUUGUACGACGAGUUUUCCUUCGUCACUUGAAAUGACGAUGACAACGCGUCGACGCUAACAGUGGUGACGAUGCCGAUUCUAACCGCCCUUUUUGAACAGGGGCUUUUUGAUGUCCGCUGUGUUUUUGUCAGAGGGCGUCUGGCAGUUGGAGGAGGGAAAAGGGAAAGGAGUGCUACCUGACGCAUCCCGGCCCCACUGCAGCAACACUGCCACGUAGCUUGACACCCACCUUGACCCUUUCUGGAAACGGAAUGCGGUACACAUUGCCCGAGUCGCUAAUACGCUCAGAUAUGUAUUUUGAGAAGCAUGAAAAGGCAGCCGCUCUGCUUUUGGCGACGCCUUCUCUUCCCCCUGUCUUCUUAUGGGCUUUGGGAUUUACUGUAAUGCCAUUGUGUUAGACAGGAUUGACCCGACUCUCACGCGGAUCACGCCAAACCGAAUUUGGAGGCGAAGGGAGGAUGGGGGGAGGGGGCGAAGGCCAGAAGCAGCAGCGUGCCUGGCCCUGAAGAUUACUCACAUCCCCGUGCUCCUCUCAUUAAGCACAAUCGUCGCCACAACAGGCGCAUGCACGGCGGUGAAAUUUAGCAAGAAAUAUUCCAGGAUUGGAGGUAACUGUGAAUUCUGUACACACAAGUCGGAGGUUUGAAUAAGAAGCAAAGACCAACCAUUUAAAUACAGUGGAGUCUCAACGUUUAAAUGCCCCUCAAGUAAAGUAUAACCAAACUUUUUGCGGAAAGGUUAAUUGGUGGUAGAGCCGUCUUUGUAUUUUAUUAGGGCAGUCUUCUCUUUUCUGUGUGUGAGAUGCCAUGAUGGAAACAAACGAUGUUAAAGAGGGAAUCUGAAAAUUAGGCACAGUAUUGUGAUAUAGCAGUAACAUAGUGUCAAUAACAAUAAUGAUCAAGUAUUCCAGAGUUUGCAAAAGUACUCAUACCCUGUACCCAAGUCCAAGUACAAAGAUGGAUAGACAGCCAGACAGGACAAACAAAUACAACAAAUGUGUAAAGAGAAAGGUAAACGUACAAGUAAACAUCUUUGGUUAAAGUAAAAAAAAAAAAGUACAAACUGAAAUGUACUUCAUACAAAGGGAGAAAUGACUUUUUACUGUCACUUCAAUAAGUUCAGUAAGGCAAUAAAUGGGCAAUAUUUAGAAUGUUUUCAAAUGUAGGAAAUAAAACUUGGAUCAGUCAUCAGAAAAGUAAAGUGCAGAUACCUGAAAAAUCUACUUAAGUAUAAAUACUUCCCAUCAGCUGGUAUUCCAAAUGGGAAUCACCUUCUCCCUCUUUUAUACGGCAACUUUCAUUUUGUUUUGUGUAAUUUGGAGCAGAACUGAUUCUGUUUGACCUUUUUAGUGUUCCGCCGUGUCCGAAAUAUUCCCGGGGCCUUUCUCCGCAAAGCUGCCUGCCGAAUUUCAAACACCAAAUGCGCAAUCUGGCUCAAGUUAUUUCCCUCUGUCUGGACGUCCAAAGUAUAUCCGUGCAGGGCCGGCCUCGCGUUUCAUAUUUCAAACUGGCCCCGCCGUGACUUCCCGCAGCCUGCAGGAAAGACAGUAGAGGCACUCCUGCCUCCAUUUGUAAUGCCAUCCCGGCCCCCCAGGGUGCAACUGAAGACACUUGUUCAUCGAUGCUUUAAAAAUAAUCUUUUACUCCUGAUCCUUCAACGCCUUAGGAGUCCUUUGCUCUUUCUGCUGGUACUAAGUAAUUUGAGCAAUUGGGAUUAGCGGGGGGGCUGCACAAAAGACAAACUCUGGAGCGGUUUUGGGAUGUUGCGGCUGACACUCCUGUUUCUUGGCCUUCCUCUCUGAACUGGCCUCCUCAGCAAAGAGCGCUCAAACUUCAAAUACACACAAUUGUGAUGUGUACAAUGUAAUUCCAUGUAUUUGCUUCUUUAUUUCUUUCUGCAUUUCUGCCAACUUUGUAAAGUGUAUAAACAUCUAUAAAUAUACGAACAAGAGAGUACUGUAUAGAUUUUAGCUGCCUGGUAAGGUUCCUCGUAUAUACAGUACUUGGUAGACUAAAAUAAGUGUAGAGCUGUUCAAAAGCCAGUUACUGAAAUUCUCUCAGUAACUUGAUGCCGCCGGCGCUUUUUAUACGGUAUCCUAAGUUUUGGUUGUGCUUUAUUUUUUUAUUCUUGCCAGUGGCACCAAAAGUGUGUUGUUCUUAAUUUUGUCUUUUUUUUUUUUUUUUUUUUUUU